AUGUUCUCCUACCUCGUUGCCCUCCUGGCUAUCGGUCUUUUUCUUGCCAACCCAAUCGGUCACUAUCUUUUCCCUCCUCAGGGCCGCUCCCCGAGCCGCCAUCUUGCGCCGAAGCCUCGCAUGAACGAGUCCCUGCUUGCACUCGUCGGGCCCGAGGACGCUGCUCUGGACUGUCCCGUAGAUGCGUAUGCCACCAGAAUCAUCAGCAGGGAGCCGCUCGUCCUGUAUCUGGAGGGAUUCAGGUCAAGCGAACCCCUCUUUGAAGCCUCGACGGUAACGCACAAGGUAGACGACGUCCACCGCGACACGGCCGUCCGCAACUCGUCCGUCGCCCUCAUCCCGCGUACAGCCACCGUCCGCUGCAUCGAAGCCCGCGCUCGUGCCUUGCAGGGGUGGCGCGACGACGUAUUCCUCGAGCGCCUCCGCACGCAGAGAUACGUAGCCGGAGGCCAUUACGCCCACCACUUCGACUACGGCGCUGCCGUCGGCGGCUGGGGUCGCGUGAGCAGCUUCAUGGUUUGGCUCGAUACCCAGGACCUGCAGGGCGGUGGCACCGAAUUCCCGUACUUGGCCGUCCGCGGCGAGGCCGCCAAGCCGUGGUGCCGACUCGUCGAGUGCGACACCACGGCAGCCAGGCCCCAGCCCACCGGCACCGUCUUCAAGCCCCUCGCCGGCAACGCCGUCUACUGGGAAAACUUUGCCGCCGACGGCAGGGGCUCUGAUGCGACCUGGCAUGCCGGUCUGCCUGUGAUGGAAGGUGUCAAGGUCGGCUUGAAUAUUUGGAGUACUGGCAGAAUUCUCUGA